GAUUACAACAAGAGCAUCAAGACCAGGCUGUGUCUCUGUGUGAGGAACUUUGCCUGAGGGAUACAAUUAGACCUAGAGCUUGCCGACAGGGAGUCCGAAGCCUGGGACAUGGACCGUUCAAUGGGAUGUCAAGGCAGCUCUGUCCCUGAGGACAGGACUGAAGCUGGGAUCAAGCGCUUCCUGGAGGAAACGGAUGAUAUAAGUCUGAACAAGUUCGUGAAGGAUUUCCCAGGAAAUGAGAGCUGCCACCAACCAGAGGCCAAGACCUGGGUGUCCAGGCCCCAAGUUCCGGAGCCAAGGCCCCAGGCCCCAGACCUCUACCAAGAUGACCUGGAUUUCAGAACCCCCCUGUGGCCCCAACCCUCUGACAGCCAGCAGUACUUCCCUGCCUCAGCCCCUCUCAGCCCCUCAGCCUCAGCCUCAGCCCGGCCCCGCAGCCCGUGGGGCAAGCUUGAUCCCUAUGACUCCUCUGAGGAUGACAAGGAGUAUGUGGGCUUUGCGACCCUCCCCAAUCAAGUUCACCGCAAGUCCGUGAAGAAAGGCUUUGACUUUACCCUCAUGGUGGCAGGAGAAUCUGGCCUGGGGAAAUCCACUCUUGUCAAUAGCCUCUUCCUCACUGAUCUCCACAGGGACCGGAAACUCCUCAGUGCUGAAGAGAGGAUCAUGCAAACUGUGGAGAUCACUAAGCAUGCAGUAGACAUAGAAGAGAAGGGCGUGAAGCUGCGGCUCACCAUUGUGGACACACCAGGCUUCGGGGAUGCAGUCAACAACACAGAGUGCUGGAAGCCUGUGGCAGAAUACAUCGACCAGCAGUUUGAGCAGUAUUUCCGAGAUGAGAGUGGCCUGAACCGCAAGAACAUCCAAGACAACAGGGUGCACUGCUGCCUGUACUUCAUCUCACCCUUCGGCCACGGGCUCCGGCCAUUGGAUGUUGAAUUCAUGAGGGCCCUGCAUCAGCGGGUCAACAUCGUGCCUAUCUUGGCUAAGGCGGACACACUGACACCUCCUGAAGUGGAGCACAAGAAACGCAAAAUCCGGGAGGAGAUAGAGCACUUUGGAAUCAAGAUCUACCAGUUCCCAGACUGUGACUCUGAUGAGGAUGAGGACUUCAAAUUACAGGACCAAGCCCUAAAGGAAAGCAUCCCAUUUGCUGUAAUUGGCAGCAACACCGUGGUAGAGGCCAGAGGGCGACGAGUCAGGGGCCGUCUCUACCCUUGGGGCAUCGUGGAAGUGGAAAACCCAGGGCACUGCGACUUUGUGAAGCUGAGGACAAUGCUGGUGCGUACUCACAUGCAGGACUUGAAGGAUGUGACACGGGAGACACAUUAUGAGAACUACCGGGCACAGUGUAUCCAGAGCAUGACCCGCCUGGUGGUGAAAGAGCGGAAUCGCAACAAAUUGACUCGAGAGAGUGGUACCGACUUCCCCAUCCCUGCUGUCCCACCAGGGACAGAUCCAGAAACUGAGAGGCUGAUACGAGAGAAAGAUGAGGAGCUGCGGCGGAUGCAGGAGAUGCUGCACAAAAUCCAAAGACAGAUGAAGGAGACCCACUAGCUGAUGGUCAGCCCUGGAUAUUUAAAUCUUCUCCUCUUCGUUUUGCCCAUGCCAGCCCCUUCCAGCACCAGCUCUGCUCAGGCCCCUGCAGCUACUGCCACUUCGCCUUACAUCCCUGCUGCCUCCCAGAGACUCAGAGGAAAUAAAGUUUAACAAAUAUA